CUCACCACAUGAUGUCGCCACUGAAAAAAGGAUGAAGCAACCUCCCAUCACAUGGACAAUACAUUAUGGAAGAUGGAAACAUGUUCUCUCUGAUAUGAAAUAAUGACGCCAUAAUAUCUAAACAACGACAUAGAGUGGGAUGAUACGGAAGAAGAACCCUUCAACAAUUGCCAAACAGUUGCAUGUAGGCCUACAACGACCAGUGAGGUGGAGGGGCAACAACUGAAGAGGGAUGCUGUGGAACAACGACACAGAGCAACCACUGUCUGCAAACAAGCCUUUCACAGCCUCCUAAACCAACAUAACUUCACUGACUGAACGCAAAACGCGCAGGAUGUACGCGAAGGAACAACUACAUGUGCAGCCAUAAGAAAAGAAGAUGGCACUCCUUGUGGUUUUUGCGCUGCUGUGCCUGUCCUGCUGGGCCUCUUUCUACUUUAUCUUGUGCAUUGUUAACGGGUCCAGAAGCUACGAGUGGAACUGUCGCCUCGUCACGCUGGUACAUGGCAUCUUGGCAGUCUGCAUCACAUCAUACAUAGGCCAUGUGGAUGGACCCUGGCCUUUCACUCAUCCAGGUACCAAGAACACUCCCCUGCAGAUGAGUGCUUUGGUGGUGAGCCUGGGCUACUUUAUUUUUGAUAUGGCCUGGUGUGUGUACUUCCGCACAGAGGGACCCGUUAUGCUGGCCCACCACACCAUGAGCAUCCUGGGAAUCCUGUUGACCCUGUGGCUGGGGGAGUCUGGCAUCGAGGGAUGCGCGGUUCUCUUUGGCAGUGAAAUCACCAACCCCCUGCUGCAGACACGCUGGUUCCUCAAACAAACAGGACGCUACAGGACAGUGCUGGGGAACGUUGUAGACAUCUCGUUCGUACUGCUGUUUGUGGUAAUGCGAAUCUUUGUGGGAGGCACAAUGCUGUACUGUGAGCUGAUCUCCCCAAGACCGAGAUUCUUUAUCAAGUGUGGGGGAGUGGCUAUGUAUGCUCUGUCCUGGGUGUUCAUGGUGGACAUUGUCCGAUUUGCAAUUCGGAAGAGCAAGAGCUGGCACAAACAGCAAAAGAACCAACAAGAGACAGUGACAGCUAAUGGCUACGAGUUGAAGAAUGACUAAUAGUUUUGUAUUAUCUUUUAGUAAACCGGUUCACAUUUGGUGAGUUUUUCACUUUGGGUUACUUUGUAGAGACAGUACAAAAACAGUUUUUUUGGUAUUUUAAACUGAAAUUAAAAAGGGAUAUUUCACACAGUAGUCAUGACUUUCUGUUUAGAAUUGUCCUGUGACACCUUUUUGUGCUUUUUUUGAUAAACUAGUUUUUAUUGCCAUAAUGUCUGCUGAACACAUGAUAAAUAAGGAUUGAUAAUAUACAACAUGCAGUUAACAAACAACACAAAUACAGUAUGUCGUGUGUGUCCCUGAAAACCAAAGCACUUUCUAUCAACACGUGAACAGAUGUUACUCUAGUGGCCUACUCAAGUGAAGUGUUAGUGAAGAGACAGUUUACAUGUAACACCCGUGGUGCUUGUGAAACAUUUCUAUUCACAUCAGAAAGUAAGGGCUUAGCGGGGUUCUUUUGGCUCGUGUGAAACUUUGAGCAGAGCUGAAAGAUACACUCAGGGAGAAGAAGUCAUACCAGAAAGUCUGAGUGAGAUACAGAGAGAUGCAUUGAGAUGAUGACUGUUUUUUUAUGAUUUACAGAAAGAAGUCUUCUAUGCUUUUAACCACUGUAAAAAAAAAAGCUUACAUAUGAUGUAUUUCUCUCAUGUAUAGAAAGCAGUUCUCCUCUGGAAAUGCGCUGAUUUUGCAGUCUGUUUAGUUAUGAUUUACGCAAAUUAUAACCACUUCAAAUGUUUACUACAAAUUAUUUUACAUAUUUUGUAUUCAAAGUUAUGUGAAAUGUCUAUAUUUGCUGUAUAGUUGAGUAUGGACCAGAAUGACUUGAUUAAGUUGUUAAGACAGAAGUCCGACGACAGAUCUGUAUACUCUCUACAGGAAGUUCACUAUUAUUUAAUUUAACAGAGUCAUGUCACGGUCUCAUGAAGAUUUUGUCAGGUGAAACUAAAACUAUUGAAUGAAAUGAAAUUCACUGUGAGCUAUCACAGCCAGGCUUUCUUUAGUCUUUGCCUUAUGUUUGAUCAAGAAAAAACAAUGAUUUAAGAGGUAUAUGUUCUACGUUUGAUUAAGUCCCAUAAACAUUUUGAUUUCUAUAUAAAGCCUUAACACAAGGGAGUACUGCCCAAAUAACUAGGGCUGACAAAUAAAUAACUGUUGUUGUAUAUGUUCAAUACAAUGAUAAUGAAAUAACACUGAGGUAAUUGUGAUUACAGAAAUUCUGUUUCCCAGUUUAGUCAUUUCUAACAUGACAAAAUAAGUAAUUACUCUUUGUUUUAUUGACAUGUGGCGACUUUUGUCCUACUCUUUGUGUGGAUUUUGACAGUGUUUGUCAUUUUAUAUAAAUUGUUGUCAGAAAAAUAUUAAUCAAAGUAUUUACAUAUGGAUUUUAACUGGUAUGGUCCAAUCAGAAAAACACAAGUGCAUCAUGGGACUAAGGCGAAAGUGGUUUGGUAUGCAGGUUAUUAACAUGAGUUAGUCAACUUCAUGACUGGAUUUGUUCUAUGAGGACAAACGGCGAACCACCAGCUUUCCUCUUUGUGCUUGGGCUUUAUGUUGUUUUUUUUUUUGUUAUUAUUAUGAAGUUGUGAUUUUAAAUCUAUUCAACAUGGAUAUCUGCAGUUUAAAUGUCUGUCAUCCCUUUGUUUUGCAACUUGCAUGAAAUCACUGAAAUAAGAUGUGCUGCUCUCACACAAGGUCUAGUUUCCUCUUCACUAUUUCAUCUAAGAAAGUAACAUCUCUAACUGGUGUGUGCCUUAGUUUUCUGAAUGUACUUUCCUCAUUUUCUUUCGUUUUUUGGUAUGUCUUGUAUUGUGAACUCUCAGUACAUGUUGAAAUUGUGAAGAGCCACUUUCAGUUUUGGGUUUCAUGAUUUGCCUUUGUAAUGCCUGUGUGGAGUCAAAUAAAGAUGUGAUUGAUUGUUUUAUGCAUUUAAACUAUUCAGAAAGAAAAAUAAACAUGAAGCUAAGGGA